AUGGAUGAUCGCAGAGACAAUAUCGGCGGAGGCGGCCGCUGGUAUGGUCCUCCACCGCCUGAUCUUUCUAUUGCACCAGCUCCGACAAAGAUGCGGCGCAAACAGCGCCGACAGCCUCCUCAGGAGACAGUGAACCAGUUCUGGAACCAAUUGAACCCCACGCACCCUGGUAAAGUCUUCACUCUCCUCCCCAACAACCCCUAUGCCCGCAAGAAGGCCGCAAAAACUCCUCAUGGCACCGUCGUCGGCCAGCGCGCGGCCAAGUCGUACGAAGAGGCUCGCGAUGAGUGUAAGAGGGACGUAGACAGGAUCGUCAGGGAGUGCCGUCGACUGAACCAGAAGUACCGGGACAUGCAUUUUGAUAUCGAGUGGGAUCUCAAGUCCGGGCAGCGGAAUUGUCUCGACGGUCUCAGCACACCUGGCGAUUGCAUGAAACCAAAGGGCGUCAGAAGAGUCACGGACAUAUUUGAGAAACCGGAAUUCUUCAUCAACGGCCCGACUGCUGGUGACGUGCGUCAGGGCCGUGAUGGAGAUUGCUAUCUGAUGGCAGCGCUGUGUGGAUUGGGCAACAUGGAAGGAUUGAUCGACAGAGUGUGUGUCAAACAUGACAAAGACGUCGGUGUCUACGGAUUUGUCUUCUUUCGAGAUGGCGAAUGGCAACAUACGAUCAUCGAUGAUAAACUCUACACCAAAGCACCAGAUUACGACGAAGCCCAGGACGAGCGGGUGGUCUGGGACGACAUCAAUCGCGUGGACAGCGCCGGAGAAUACCUCAAAGCCCACUUGACAGGCUCGAGAGCACUGUACUUUGCGCAAUGCAGUGACGAAAAUGAAACAUGGCUCCCACUUCUUGAGAAGGCCUACGCGAAAGCGCACGGAGACUUUGCUUCCAUCGACGGAGGAUUCACGGGCGAGGCUAUCGAAGACCUGACCGGCGGCGUGACAACGGAGAUAUACAGCACCGACAUUCUCGACCGUGAAGCCUUUUGGCGCGAGGAACUCAUGCAGGUCGGCAAAAAGUUCCUCUUUGGCUGCGCCACGGGCUUCUACGCCAACUGGCUCGACACCACCAGAGCACCCCGCGAACGUGAAGGGAUCUCCGAAGGGCAUGCCUACAGCAUCAUGGAUGCGAGGGAAAUCAACGGCGAGCGACUCCUGAAGCUCCGUAAUCCCUGGGGCAAGAAAGAAUGGACGGGGAGAUGGAGUGAUGGCAGCUCCGAAUGGACUCCCGAGUGGAUGCAGUUGCUGGACCACAAAUUUGGCAAUGAUGGCAUCUUCUGGAUCAGCUACGAUGAUCUCCUGAAGAAGUAUCAGCAUUUUGACCGUACGAGAAUCUUUGGUCCCGAGUGGAAUGUCACACAGUGCUGGACCAGCGUCAAUGUCUCAUGGUCGGCCGAGUAUCACAGCACAAAAUUCUCUUUGACGUUGGAAGAGAAGGCGCCCGUGGUGAUUGUUCUGGCGCAGCUGGACGAUACCUAUUUCAGUGGAUUGGAGGGUGGCUAUGGAUUUGACCUACAAUUCCGCCUCGAGUCCGACAACAAGGAGGACGAAAACGACUACAUUGUCCGAUCCAACGGCAAUUAUGCCAUGGCCAGAUCUGUGAGCACAGACAUUGAGCUGGAAGCUGGCACGUACUCGGUUCUGAUGAAGAUCACCGCCACCCGGAACACAGACAGAGAGCACGUCGAAGAUGUAUUGCCUGUCUAUGCCGCCACAAGACGCGAGAAGCUCAUUCAGAUGGGGCUCUCGUACGAUCUCGCACAUGCCAAGGGUGUGAUUGUGGAAACAGAGGCCGAACGGAAAGAGCGCAAAAAGCGUGAGAAGAUUCGACGUGCACAAGAGAAGGAAAAGAUGAAGCAGAAGGCCAAGGCCCAGGCGAAGAAGCAUUGGGAGAGACAGAAGAAAAGACAUGAGCUAGAGAAGGAGAGACAGGCAAGGAACAAGGAGAGGAGAGAGAGGAAGAAACGGGCCAACGGACUGGCCGCUGAGAAGCCCCGCGAACCGGUUGUCGAGAGGCAGGGAACUUUUGGCAGCAUGAUCAACGCGAACCCUGAGAGCAGGAGGGAUUCGACGAUGCAGAAUGGGCACGUCGACAAAGUCGAAGGCUUGAACCCGGGGUCUGAAGCCAUCGAGGUCCAAAGCUCCAACGACUUCGUUCCUGUGAGCGCGAAGGAACCUGCAGAACUGUCAGAGGAGCCAAACCCAAUCCUUGCUUCGCAGGAGAAACCAGCAGAAGAAGUCACCGCCGACAGUGUCGUCCAGCCGCUGGAAGAAGUGAUCAAGCUCGCCAACUCAGAAGAGCACGCCAGCAAGCCGGAACACCUUUCUGACAAGAAGCCCGCACCACCCGAGGCUGUAGCAGCAGGGGCUGAUGAUACGGCCGUUCAAUUUGAUGGCUCCCCUGUCAUUACAGACGUCAAGCCGCUGUCGAGGCUGCCUCCACAAUCUCGCCCGGAGCAUCUCGCAUCUAAAGACAUCGGCUCUGGGAAAGAAGCUACUUCUGUGAUAAAAUGGCAUAGGGAUGCUCAACCUGGUAUGGCGAAUGGACCUCACCAUCGGACGCCGGCUCGCAGCGCCACGAUUAACAGCACAGCCGUCACCAUGCUAGGCAUCGGGAGCGGCGCUGAUGAUAGGGAGUAUGAUAUCCAAGACGGUGACCAAAUCAGAGAUUUCGACAUUGUCCGCGAAAAAGACGGCAAUCAGGAAUCAAAUGGACACACAGGACCCACGAACGACGACGACGUCUCUGACGCAGACUCCUUCCCGCCUUUCGACUGGAGUCCGGAACUCGACAUGUCGCCCUACAGCAGCAGCGACGCCGAGUCAGGUACAUCGUCGACUCACACCUUCACUCCCGGUCUAGGCCGGCUCAGGUCCACUAUCCGCCGUGGGCGACGCCGCUCACGCUCACCGCUACUCAACCCGACCAUCGACAUGGACGGCCCAGGCCUGAAGCCACCGGGCGGCGGAGCAGAUGAUGACGGCGACGGGCCUGGUGAGCCAUGGAACGCCGUGUGUGUUGUGGGUCUGAGGGUGUAUUCGACACUGAAGGGUGAAGGGAUCAAAUUGAAGGUCGUACGACCGAGCGAAUAUUCCGACAACGAAGAAGCGGACAGAGGCAAAGCCCCAAGCGGGGCUGCUGGGGGCGAGGACGCAGAGACCAAGGAGGCCGCCGAGCGCAUUUUGGACCCGGAUGACAUCUCAAGGGGAGCUGUGGCUGCCGAGCCUGAGAGCACGGGUGCCGUGGUAACCGGUGAGGGCGAGAAGCGUGACCCGAAUUGUCUGGAAGAUGGCAUGAAACUAGGAAGUAGCAGCAGAAUCUCGAAGCUGGGCAUGCACCCCCCUCUGGCAACCAGAACAGCGACGAACAAGAGGAGAUGGAGAUGA